CUAGACACAUCAUAUAAUGUCACAAAAGUAAAUCUGUGCUGUGUAUUUAAAAUAAAAAAACAGUACUAUUAUGAAAGUGUGAGUGAAAUGCUACAGCCCAGAGUCAGUGUUUGUGAUAAAAUGGCGGGUGUUUUUUUUAAUCUGUUUGUCAUCGCACUUCUGUGCUCUGUGACAUGUCAAGAUAUAAAUGAUAAUGAAUCUAUCGACGCGUCGAGAAUAAAAAGAGAGGGGGUCCUGGAUAACAGGGACCUGACUGUGCUGCUCGUUAACGAUCAAAAACGAAACGAUUAUAACACGAAGGUAGGACGAUACCACAGCGUUAAACCUGUAAUCGGCCUAUUAACUUCAACCGCAAGGACUUUCAUUCAGGAUGGUGUCACAACUGAGUUCGCUACUCAAAUCCUAGGCACCACCUUAGACAAUGGACGAAUUUAUGCUCAACUUCUUACAAAGUCGUCACUUGUCCUUUACAAUAAACCUUCCAACGUUGAAGAGGCAUUCAUCGUUAAUCCAACUCGUGUACAUUCAGAUUUUGAUGGUCAGUGGAAUGUCAAACAAGAUUUGGGUAUUAUAGAUCCAGAUAAAUUUGUACUUAAAAAUACCGACUAUCUUGCACCCAGUAGUAGAAUGGAAAUCGUGUAUGCAAGUAAACCUACUCAAGAUACAUUUAAAUACUGGAAUCUCCCUAGUUCUCCAGAAAAUCAGGCUGAUAACCAAAUUUUCGAUGAACCAACGGCGCGCAAAGUCCAACCUUACAAUAACGAACCCAAGUUUGAAGUGUAUAACUAUCUUGAUGGACCAACCAUCGAAAGUGAGAAAAAAAUUGAAUUGCUUAACCCACAUAUAUUAGAAAAUGUAAAUAUAUUACAUCGACAAAGUAAAGCGUAUGAAUCACCUUCUGAAUCUAUUAAAGAAGAACCGAAGAAUGAUGAAGAUACUAUAAAUGAAUCAGAUAUUGUUAAGGUGAAACCUAAUUACGAUUUGCCAACGUUUACUAUUAAGAACGAAUUUUCACCAAUAUUUUAUUAUAUUGAUAACGUUGAAUCACGUCGUUCACCACCCCAGUUAUUACCUCAAACUAAAUCACCUAAAAAAUUGUUCGGACAAAAGAGUGAACCUCGACCGAAAAAGACAUUCACAUAUGCCGGUUUUGCUGAUUUUACAACUGUAGUUGGUGAUACUGUUAUCAUAUUUACACCAAAUACCGAAACGAUUCGCCCACCUAAUCCAGACGAGGUAAACGUUUUUCCAUCAGCUAAGCCAGUUGAUAAGUUAGCUACUAAAAUAACCUUUUUGACAGCUGAAAUUCCUGUAGCGACAUCUACAUAUAAAGCGCAUGAAGUUAAUUUUGUUACUAAAAUACAAAAUGGCGAAGAAAGUAGUUCAGAAAAAGCAUUGAAUGACGAAGAAAGCUUAAAAAAAGAUUUGUAUGAAAUCGAUGAUAAAAUUCCAGACACAGUAAGUGUCCAAUACAAUAAUGGCUUUGACCUUAACUUAGAUGUUUUGCAGCCAUCAGAGCCUGUUUAUACUACAACAGAGAGUACAAGAAAUACUGAAAAUUUAGAAAUUAUACCUAUAAACGAUUACAGCUCUCAAGCAACGGACCCCUUAACUAUGUUAAUGCCAUCUGCAACAGUUAUCGACGAAUCAACAGAAUCUGCAGUAACAGAACAUAAUGAAAGCGAAUCAUUUACAAACUCUGAAGAAGAAAGUGACAAUACUGCCGCUGAAGUUACUGAAAAAAUUGAAGAAGAAGAAGAGGAAGAAGAAGAGCAAGAUGAUAAUGAAAGCACGCAGGAAAUGGAUUCUGAAACAGUUACUACUACUGAAAGUGGUCAUAGUGAUGAAUCUUAUGAGAUCGAAACCACGACAGAAAAUAAAUACAAUAAACAUGAAGAAAUAUUUUGCACUAAUGGCCUUGAAACCCAAUCUACUAUGACGACAGCAUAUAAAACACUAACAUACUUAACGACUUAUUUUAUACCCUUAGAGAGUACUGGAACUACUACUUCUAUAAAAUCAGACGUUGUCGUCGAAAGUAACUUAGGAUAUAUAACUAAUUAUGUGUGUAAAACAAACCUUAAUAUCGAACCGACGUCUGUUAUACCAAUCGAACUUCAGAGCACUGAACAAAGCAAUAUUGAAUCACCAGAAGUGGUGUCUAAAAUAGAAACAAACACUUCAGUCGAAUUUGAAAUAAAUACUGAAAGUCCACCUAAAACUACACCAAUGGAAAAGGAAGUAGCAAUGACUGUUUCACAACAGGAACAAACAACUUUAUCUAAAGAUAAUGAACCCGAAGGUUUGGAGGAUACUAACUUACAAAAAGAGUCUACACUGACUACUACCACAGAGCGUCCUUCAACUAGUCAGAGCCAUAUUGAGGUAUCAGUCAGUACUGAACACAGUCCAACAACAGAUGAAGAUGAUAUAAAUAAUUCUGAAAACGAAAUUGAUCUCAUAUAUAAAACUCUUUAUACAACUUACACUUACUUUACUACCUUCUUUGGAGACCAAACUUCAAGUAUUGCAAGUCACAAGUCUGUCGUUACUAAUAUAAUCACGUCUACUAUUGAUUUAUCAAAACUUGAUCCAUCAUUAAUAGGCGCUUUCGAUAAUGACGAUAUUGCACCGACAAGUGUUGGUAUAGGUAGACCAACCGAGACACUUGCAAUCAAUAGCAUUAUUGAUCUCGUCAAAAAUAAAGAUGUGAUUGAGUCUGUUGAAAUAAAUAAAUCUUAUAGUUCUCAAACACCCACUCCAACGUUGGAUGAUGAUUUAGUGGCUAGUAUUAAACCAGAUUCUGUUAAAACAUAUUAUACGACGUAUACAUUCUUUACGACGAUAUACGUCGGAUCCGACGCCAACGUUUGCAGUAGAAAUGAAGUAUACACAAAUUAUGUUGGUCCUGAUGGACUAAUACCCUCAAAAACUGAAGCAUUAACCGUCGAAAAUACAAGAGCUCAAUUCGACUUUAGAAAUUGUAAACAGGUCAAGGGAAUGACUCAACAAAGCUUAGAUGAUAAUUCGUCUGUAGAGAGUAGCAUAUCAACGGAUCAAAAUCAAUUAGAAGAUAAUAAACAAAAUGAAACUUUACCACAACCGACGCCUAUUGAAGUGGAUAUGUUAUUUAGCGUUGAAUCAAAUCCUCUUGUAUCAGAAAACUCAUACGUAACAGAUAUUAAGUCAUCCUUCUCAAAAGGGGAGACAAAGUAUUUGGACAAUAAUAAUGUACUUGAUGAUCAGAUAAGUUCUGAAAGUAACAUUGAUGAAAUUUUGCCUUCACCGACACUUUUAUUACAAACAAGCUAUACUACAUUUACAUAUUUCACCACUAUGUAUAUAGGAAAAGACUCUAGUAAAGUAAAGAGUCGCUUAGAAACAAUAACAAAUGUAGUAACUGAAACGAUCACUCCUAAAACGGAGCCCGAAGAGGAUAACAAUUUACCAAUUACAUACUAUACAACAUUUACAUACUGGACUACGCUUUACAAAGAUAAAUCUACAACAAUAACUAGUCGCGAGGAGAUCGUGUCAAAUAUUGUCACGCCAUCGGUUCAAUCUAUACCAACUAUAAGUCCUAUUGAUACUACGCCCAUAGAUAUAGUAAGUGUUUUACCACCGAAAGAUAUAGAAGUGGCAAUAAAACCUUCUUUAGUUGAGGAAAACUUAGACCAAGACGAUGGCAAAGCUACAUUUUAUACAACCUACACUUACUUCACAACAUUCUAUGCAGGUAAUACAUCUCAAAUAAGUAGCAGCUUAGAAACUGUAACAAAUAUCGUCGAUAACACAAAAUCAAUUGAAGAUAAUCAGUUAGGAAGAAAGGUUCCAAGUGGUGCAGUAGAUAAAAAUUUGAUUCAAGAUGAUAAACCACGUAUUACUCCUACAAAAUUAAAGGAAGAAAUACAAGUUACAAAACAACCAAAUCCUUCCGGUGUAUCGCCUUCUAUAUUACAAGGAACAUAUAUCGACAACUUAUUUGCUGAAGUUAAACCAGUUGAAAAUAGUACUCCUAGUCAAAAUAAUGAGAAAAAGAUUAUUUUUUCACAAGUGGCGGUAAUAUCUGGUGAUUCAACAAUUAUAACAAAUGACAAUAAAACUCUGAGUGAAGAUACCACAUCUACGUCUACCACAACAACUACGGAAGGAUCAAUAAUUACAUCUACACCAGAAUUAAUAGAAAGUUCAGUUGCUGAUGCUGAGACAACAACGGAACCUCUACCUGAAAUAGAAGACGAAGAAGAUGAAUCAAACUCGAAAAAGAGAGGUCGUCUUACUUUUACGACGAAAAAACCGUCAUUUACUCCUGUUAUAAUUCCGUUUGCUUCAAGAAAUAGACCCACGUUUAGCCCUAAACGCUUACCUAUUCCAAAUAGUGCAACAACUAUUACCCGAGCAGAUUUUACACCAACUAUUACUGCUACUCCAACGCUAAAAUCAGUUAGGCCGACGGGUAGUUACAGUGGUAAUAGAAAACAACCUGCUGCAUUACCUGGAUCAUCGAGUUCAGGAAGAAGGUUUGCUGGUCGCACUAGUGCCAACAUAAAUUUAUCGGCCAAUAUUCCAGCUUCACGACCUGGAGGUUUCCCUAGAGGCAACAUUGCACCAACAUCCAGAAGAACUGGUUUUAGAUCUAGUUCUUUAAGAAGUAACAGUUUGGACUACGCAAGCAGAUCAGCAAUUCCAAGAAUUCGACCUACUGCUUCAUCAAGGUUACGAGGUGGUAGACAAUCUGCUUCUAUAAACUAUCCACCAAGUGAACAAAAUGAGUCAGAAACUUUUGCAACUCAACAGGAAGAGAGUGUCACUGAAUCCCUUGAUGAAUUUUCGGAUAUAUCUCAAAGGCAAACCACUAACAAUCCUUUACUAAGAUUUAGAAGACCACCUGUAGCCAGGCAACCUGGCACGGCUAUAACACCAAGAUCUACGACGCCUUCGUCUAGACGUAGCUUAACCACGAGAGCACGUACUACGACAACCAGACGGACAACUACUCGCUCAACUUUCAAUCCUUUACUUGCAUUACGCAGACAGAGACCUAAUUCUUUAUUACCUAAAAGAAAUCUUUUCAAGCAACCAGAACCAGAACCUGAAGAAGAAAUAAUGGAAAAUGAAGAAAAGUAUAAUGAAAAUGAAGAGCUUUUAGAUGAAGAAGAAUUCGAAGAAGACAAUGAUUAUGAAUCUUCAGAUAGAAAGGAACAACAAGUCGUAUCGCCUUUACCACCGAGAAAAAAUUCAAAUGCAGUUCAAAUAAGACCUUUUGCGUUUAAGCGACGUUUUAAGCGUCAAGUAGACUAUGGAAAUAGAAAAUAUACUAAUUUCAGAAGGCCUGGAAUAAAACCAGGUAGUACUCGAAAACCUGACCCAGAACCGGAGACAGAACCACCAGCGCCGUCUACACAAAAACAAAAAACGGGGCGCUAUAACUCUCGUCCAAACGGCCGAACUACUACCGCUUCUGCACCUAAGGUUUCUCAAAGGCAACCAUUUAUUGUUAGGGGUGAAAGUAGAUCGACAACCACGUCAGCACCUUACAGACGAGGAGCUAAAUCGAGACCUUCGUCAAGAACUACAACUCUUUCAUCUAGACCAAAAGCUCCUCGCUUAUCUAACGGAAAAUCCACCCAGUCUUCAAGAUCUAGUCCCUCACGUACCACAAGUCGAUCUCGGUCGCGUACAACGACCAGUAGAGCAUCAAGCAGACAAAGAAAUUCUUUUGAAAACUUAAGUGGCGAAAGAUACAAUAAAUAUGAUAAUAUUUUAAAUGACGGUAAAAUUACUAUAACACACCAGAUUCCAUUUGAGGUAACAAUACCUAUAGUUAAUGGAAAGAUUACUGAGUACAAAAACGUUUUAUCUGCAAAACCAAGUAUUGAGACAUUAUUACUCAAUCAGGUGGCAACGACAAUUGGUCCCAUUGGUAAUCAACAAUUAGUACUUGCUUUAGAAUCAACAGAAUUAGCUGAAAAUGGUGCAACCAAAAUAACGAAAUUCGUGUUACAUGAAACUCCUACAACUACAGUAAUUUUUACACCUACAACUAUUAGGGGUCGCAAAACAUCGUACUCGCACAUUUUACCUAGUACUGUUUAUAACGUUGAACCCGUGGUACAAACUAUUGCACCUGAAAUUAACGCUAAUGUGCCAUUAGCUAAUUUAUUGUUAUCUCAACUUUUAUUAGGUAAUCAGCAACCUGCGAUAAAUCCUCUUCUUGCAUUGCAAGGGCAGGGACUGUUACCGCAACAACCAGUAGUACAAACACCUGUAACAGAGUACAAAACUAGAUCAACUACCUAUGUAACAACAGUUACUGAUGCAAGGGAAACAUUUUUAACAAUUACUUUUAGAGGCACUCCGAUAUUGACUACAAUUGUAGAUCCAACUACAAAUGUUAUUACUGCUACGGAGUUUAUAACUGAUACUGUUGUAACUACACCAACUGUUUUGGCACCUCCUCCUCAAUACAAUUCUUUAUUACUACCUCUACUUCUCCAGCAGCAACAACAGCAACAACAACAACAACAGGCACUGUCUUUACAGACUACAAACCCAUUACUUGGAUUAGCACAAGCUGAUCUUAAUUUAUUGCCGAACAAUCUGAUACCGAACAAUAAUUUGAACAAUGACAUAUAUAGUAACAGUCCAAAACCUAACAUAUUAUCCGACUUUAGUAGUAAUGAAGACUUUUCUGAAGACGUUCAAGAUAGUGGUGAAGAUAUUCCACCACCGUCACCACGACCCACACGUAGGAAGAGUAAACCGCGGGCUCAGAAGCCGGCUCCGCCAAAACACACUAGUGUAGUUACAUUAUACGUAUCUGGUAAACAUCCUGGAGAGUUCAGUACAGUACUGUCAACUGUCAUUUCAGACGACACACAGACUGUAAGAAAACGAGAAGCUAUAUAUUAUGAAGAUGUUAAAAUAUUGCCAUCUACAUUGCCAUCUAUAGACCAACUUGUAAGUUCACAAGGAGACAAUGCAUUAGAAAACUCUAUGAUUUCCGACAUGGAUAAAUAUUUAGCAAAUUCUAAUAUUGUAUCACAAACAGAAACGCAAAGCUUAGAAAGUAUAGUGGGUAAGAUCAGUGAUCAUGUUAACUACAAUGCCUCACCAACAUACGUUGUAAAAUUAACAACACCCUCAACACUUAGAGAUUCAAAGCAGAGUUCUGUCGACGAUGUCUCUUGAAAACCGAACAACUGGUUAGGUCUGUAAAGUAAUGAUUUAGUUAUUUAUUUACUUUGUAUCAUAGUAAGUUAACUAUGAAUAGUGCCUUAUAGUUUUAGCAUUUAGCAUUAGGUUACAAAUACUCUUUUGACAUUGUAGAUAGGGAUUCAUGUAAAGAGGUUUAUUAAGAAUAAGAUCACCAAAAAUGUUUUGACUUGUUACCAUAUAUUGAGUUGUAUUGUCAAAAAAUUAUUAUUUUUAGGUGAAUAUUAUCUAAUCACAGCCUAAGAAUAACUCAUAAAAUCUUAGAAUAAAAACCCUAAUAUAAAUACUACCUUUUAUAAUACUCGACCUGCUUCAUUUGUAAAUUGCAAAUUACGACUUAAAAUGUUAAAAUAAUAAAAAUGUAAUUAAAAAU